UUUAAUCAAACAUGGAUCUGUGAGAAUGACACAAUUAGCUACUUUGGCGUUGACAAAUUAUUUUUCUCUAGACAACAUCAUGCUGAACUCAACAUUCUCGAUCGAAGAAGCUACCAUUGAAGACAUUAGACUUGCGUUCAAUGAGAAAAGACUGACAUCAAAGCAGCUCGUGGAGUUGUAUCUAGAAGAAAUCUCGAGACUCAAUCCUGUACUCAACGCAGUCAUCGAGACGAAUCCAGAUGCGUUGACCCAAGCAGAGAUCCUAGACAGAGAACGUGAGCUCAGAGACGUCACCACCGAUCUUCCUAUCUUGCACGGUGUUCCGAUUCUGCUCAAGGAUUCCAUCUCUACCAAGGACAAGCUUAACACCACGGCUGGUUCGUUGGCUUUGCUUGGUUCGGUUGUGCCUCGAGACGCUGGUGUUGUCAAGAGACUCAGAGAAUCUGGUGCUGUGAUCUUGGGGAAAGCCAGUUUAAGUGAAUGGGCUCAUUUCCGAUCUAAUUCAAUCCCAAGUGGUUGGAGCGCUCGUGGCCUCCAAGGAAAGAAUCCGUACGUUUUAUCAGCGACUCCGUGUGGAUCAAGUAGUGGCUCAGCUAUAUCAGUGGCAGCUAAUCUUGUGGCUGUGUCAAUUGGGACUGAAACUAAUGGUUCCAUUCUCUGUCCUGCGAGUCUCAACUCGGUGGUCGGGAUUAAACCGAGUGUUGGACUCACGAGCCGAGCCGGGGUGGUUCCUCUCUCCUUGAGACAGGACACUGUUGGGCCGAUAUGUAGGACGGUUUCAGAUGCUGUUCAUCUCCUUGAUGCUAUUGUGGGUUAUGAUCCUUUAGACGAAGCCACAAAGACCGCGUCCGAGUUCAUACCCCAAGGCGGUUACAAGCAGUUUCUGACAGCUAGUGGCCUCAAGGGUAAGAGAUUAGGGAUUGUAAGGCAGCAUCCUCAUCUUGAUCAUCACAUCGAAACAUUAAGACGAGAAGGUGCGAUAGUAAUUGACAAUCUAUCAAUACCAAACAUCGAAGUGAUUAUGGAUUGGACUGAGAGCGGUGAAGAGAUGGCACUUUUGUCUGAGUUCAAGAUGUCCCUCAAUGCUUAUCUCAAAGAGCUUGUGGAAUCACCAGUCCGGUCCUUAGCAGAUGUUAUUGCCUACAACGAGAAGUUCGCUGAACAAGAAAUGGUGAAAGAAUGGGGACAAGAGCUACUCCUUGCAGCAGAAGCCACUAAUGGAAUUGGUGAGAAAGAGAAAGAAGCGUUGCAGAACUUGGAACAACUUUCGAGGAAUGGAAUCGAGCAGCUAAUGAAAGAAAAGGAUUUAGAUGCAAUAGUGGAGGUUGGUUCAGGGUUGAGCUCUGUCCUCGCCAUUGGAGGGUAUCCAGGAAUCAUUGUCCCUGCAGGAUAUGAUAGUGAAGGAGUUCCAUUUGGGAUUAGCUUUGGAGGAUUGAGAUUCUCAGAGCCAAAGCUUAUUGAGAUUGCUUAUGGCUUCGAACAAGCAACUCUCAUGAGGAAGCCACCCAAGUUCGAAGCUUAAGGCAGUUGUAGUCAUACCAGUUGCUGAUAUGGUAUGGAGACCUUGAUCUUAUGAAGAAUGGUGGCUUGCUUUCGGCUGUUUUACUUCUUCAUCUUUCCUUUUAUUUAUAUCAACUUGUUUGUUUGAUAAACCUUACCCCAGCUCUCAAUCUUAAAUUUAAUCGUUUGUCUCACA